UCAAACUGCUUUGGAUGUACAUCUUGACUUGUACGUCUGCCUGGAAGUACAAGCGGAACACUGGAGCCAAGAAGAAUAGCUAAGAUUUCACAAACGAUUUAGAAAGAAUUAGAAAAAAGGAAGUGGAAAAACAGACUUGUUACUGGAAUGCACAUUUAGUAAUUGGUGUUUUUCCUCUCCUCAUAAUCUUUGUUCAUCUGGACUGAUUUAUUUUCCAAAACAGACUUGGACUGCAAGGUUUCUGACAAUCAACCUGAAUCCUUUGAAGAGCGAGGAAAAGAAACCCAGAGGAAUCAGCUUUCACCACAGAGGCUUGCCGGACAGACGGUACACCAGCAGAAAUUAUUUGGAAUUUCAAACAGGUGUGAAGAACUUGGACCGCGCAGGGAGACCAUCCCCACCGGUCUGGACUGCGGAGGGCUCCCCUCCCUGCCCUCUCGGUCUACUCUCGCCCCCAGCAGCAUGUCCCAGGCUCCGAGGCUGCCUGUCGUCCUCCUCACAGCACACUACCAUGAUCAGAUGGGCUGCUGGAAGGAGUAAGGCUGCCUCUGCCUCUGCCUCGUCCUGCUCCAGGGCUGAGUUUGGGGUUGGAUCUGGCUUUGGGGCCAUCUCCAGAAUACGGUCAUUAACACUGCGUUCCCCACUGUCUUUCCCACUGCUGGUCAGCCUGGUGAUUUUCUCCUUGUCUUUACCGGACGCUUCCUGCCACCAGCUCCGCAAAGACAGACUGAGGCUCGCCAGUCCCGUGAACCUUACAGAGACCGAGCUGAUCUCUAGACCCAGGGCCACUGGGGGCCCCCCAGGUAGGACUGGGGGACCUCAGGGCAGACAUGUGCGCAGCUACAAUCAUCUACAAGGAGACAUACGGAGAAGAAAGCUGUUCUCCUUCCAGAAGUUCUUCCUGAGGAUCGAUAGGAACGGAAAUGUCAAUGGAACCAAGAGCAAAGAUGAUCCCCUCAGUAUUCUGGAAAUCACAUCGGUGGACGUGGGAGUGGUGGCCAUCAAAGGGCUGAACAGCAACUACUAUCUGGCCAUCAGCAGGAAAGGAGAGCUGUAUGGAGCGAGAGAGUUUGGCGUGGACUGCACCCUGAAGGAGCGGAUCGAGGAAAACGGCUACAACACGUACGCGUCGGCCGAGUGGAGGAACAAGAAGCGGCAGAUGUUCGUGGGUCUGAACGUCCACGGGAAGCCCAUACGGGGAAAGAAGACCCGCAGGAAGCACACGUCCACCCACUUCCUUCCAAUCAUGGUGUGAGCCCGAGGAUUCGUCUGGAGAGGGGAGAGAACACGCAGCACUGGACAGAGAGGUUUUUAAAUGCUGAGAAGCUGUAAAAUAAAGACUUUCACAGAGAAAUCUCUCAUUUGGAACAAAAGGCACUAACACUGUCACAUGAACAAGAAGUCUCUGCUCCUGGCUUUCAUUGCGAUCAUGUGUUUUAUUUCAUGGUGAUUUCUGUGUUAUCAGAGGCACCGAAUGCAAAAUUGAUGGUUUUUAUUUUCUGUGCCAAACGGUGUGCAGCUGUGUGUGAUGUGGACAACACAGAAGAUACUGUCUCAGCUAAUGCGCUGUAGUAGAUGCAGACAUAUCUCAAGAUGUUAUUUAUAAUCCAUUUUCUCCUGGGAGACAUGUAAAAGAGAUAGAAAAUGAGGAGGGAAAUGAUCACAGUUUAUCUCGACAGCAUUAAACAAUAGAGGGUUCAACACAUUUAAAACAAAUGCUUAAUAAGUAACCACUGUGUUUUGACUGAAUUGUAAUGAUUUAUUUAUUUUGUGAAAUAUUUAACUGGAGGGGAACCCAAGAAGUCCUGUGCAUUCUUUACUUUUUAUAGGAACUCUAUCAUGUGAAAAAAUAAAAUCCCCUUUUUUCUCCUCUGCA